AUGACACACCACUAUAGGAACCAACGCAUAUGUUUCGGCGUCCUCUUUUCAUCGUUUAUACUUGCCGGCUUAGUGUGCCUGGUCCUGUUGGCGAUAGUCCAUCCUCCACUAGCAGAAGGCGUCGUCAAAAAUUCUUCUUAUUCCAUAUCCAAGCUGUCCAUCACGCCCGAUUCCGCAACGUCCGCAUCGAUAUCGAUGACCGGUGAAUUCGACGCUGGCCGAGAUGGAGAUGUCACGUUUACGAAAGCCGUCGUUUUCUCGGUCGACCAAGUAGACAUUGGGAGCGUUGAACUCGAUCCGAUCUCUGUUACCAAUGAUAAAGGGACAAUCGACGAUCAAGACAAGACUUUGGCUAUCACCAAUUCAACUGCCCUGGGCGUUUUGGUACACAAGAUAUUGACUGACAAAGAGGUCGAAGUUACAGGCACAGGCAUUGUUACUGUCCGCGCAAUCGGAAUAAAUAGAGAUGGGAUUAGUAUUGAAAGCCCGUUCAAGUUCAAUGCAAACAGUCCCACGACAAUCUCACUCGCAGGAAACCUGGCAUCAGGUGCGGCUGCAGAUGAUUUCAAAGCAAAAUUGGCAGGUGGUGGUGCAUCAGCAACCUUGACGACUACGAGUGCUGCAGUUACUGGAAAAGAAGACGGUUGGGUGAAGGCAGGUUUUACGGGUGUUAACGUUACCGUCACGAUUAGCGCAAAAUGA